AUGUCAACGCAGGCAUCAUCGCGUCCUUAUCGGUUGUACCCCGCAUAUUGUUUCAAAGCAUCACCUACAUACAAUACAUGGGUGAAGCUUACAGCUGCAGAUGUGCAGACUCUUCGUUCUGAGAAGGAGUUCCAAGCGCAGCGCGGCCUGUACUUUCACCUCAACCACCCCAUCCGAUAUGUCCGCAUCGUCGGGGUCGUAGUAGCCAUCGAUGAGAUCAAUCUCAGAUACACAGCUCUCACCAUCGAUGACGGAAGCGGCGCGACCAUCGAGCUGAAGAUCGUGCGAAUACCUCCCGUUGAGCAGAACCCCGUAGACACGUCCUCCAAUACAAAGGUCAGCAACCUGAACAUUGUCAGCCGACUAGGCAUCUUUGAAGUCGUAGUAGACGAUCAGCCACUAGACAUAGGUUCUGUCGUCAAGGCAAAAUGCACGAUAUCAGAGUUCAGAGGCAACAAGCAGCUUGAACUGCAGCGCAUCUCAGUCAUCACGACGACUGACGAAGAAGCACGAGCAUGGGCUGAGACCGCUGCGUUUAAGCAAACAGUCCUGUCGCGCCCAUGGCAUAUCUCGUCAGCUGAGCACAAGCAGAUUAAGCACAAGAUAAAGGCAGAUGAGAAGAGGGAACGGGAAUAUGAGAGGCGCAAGGCGGACUCACAACACUCCAUACUUCUUUCCCUCAAUGAACCCGCGACGUCAACUGCUCCAUUGCCCUCAAUCCCUCCAACUAUGGAACGAUUCAGGAAUCGUAUACGCGCAAAGCAUGACGACAUUGUCGAGAGGAUUCGCUUCUUGAGAGUUGGCCGACGAGGACAUAUCGACCAGGCUGAGACAACAGUCCCAAUUCCUGACGCAGUCAAUAAGUCGCUCCAAUACAGCCGCUUGACUCGAGAUCGGACUAUCCGAGUCCUCGAUCUGGCUCCCGGCACAUGGGACGAACCCGUCAAUUGCUCCUUGAGAACAGUUCAUUUGGAUGAUGAUAACCCUCGCUACGAAGCGAUUUCAUACGCCUGGGGCGACCACAGCGAUCGGAAGCCAGUAAUUUGCAACGAAUCCGCCAUCACUACAACACGUAGCUUGUUCGAGGCUCUUCAGCGUUUCAGACGCGUCGAUACCAUAAGGACGCUCUGGGCCGACGCACUGUGUAUAAACCAAGCCGAUGACGACGAAAAAACAUCACAGGUACGGCUGAUGAGUUAUGUCUACACAAAAGCUGUUCGGGUACUUGUGUGGCUGCAACAUGAGGACGACCAGUUAGUCCAAGAUUCGUUGAAUGCCAUAUGUCGAUUUGUAUGUGAAGAAAAUGCCUUUAGCAUGUUCGGAACGGUGAAUGGAACGGCACCCGAUAUAUUAUAUCGAUGGCUUGACGUAGAUGUCACUACCGUCAGCCGAAUGGAGCCUUCCGAACUUACCGAUGUCGCUGUCGAUGCUCUGGAACUUGUCUGCCGCUCACCUUGGUUUGGUCGGGGAUGGGUAGUCCAGGAGGUGGCAUUAAGCACUUCGACUUCAGUAUUUUGGGGUCACAGUGAAAUCGACUUCGAGUGGCUGGGUACCGCGGCUUUCUGUGUCAGUUUCGAAAAUGCCUCCAGGCUAAGCCGAGGGAUGUCCUAUUGCCAAAACCUCUCUGACGUAUGGAAAAGAUUACGUAGCCCCUAUGUUCCGAGGGAAAGUCUUCUCAAUCUGUUUCACUUGACCGACGGCUUGACAUUCAAUGAGCCAAAGGACAGAAUCUACGGGCUGCUGGGGAUAAAGACACUCGAGUGCGACCUCGCAGAUGGUCAAUCUUUUAUUGACCCUGACUAUAAUAUUACGACUAUGGAAUGCUAUCGCAGGGUAGCAGCAAAACUUCUCUGCGAGUGGCACGACCUUAGGGUCCUUUCCUGGAUGCGCUCCGUUCCACAAUCAGCUAAAGACUGGCCAUCAUGGGUGCCAGAUUGGAACGAAGGAAACAAUAUACCGUUCGGAUACCACCCAAACAAGCCCCCCCAUGAAGAAGAUGACUCGAGUGUUGUUCAAAUAUCAGAAACGGUCUUCGGUGGAACUCAGUGCAUUGAAAUCUCAGGUUUCAGAAUUGAUACGAUAAACCGAGAAAUCAAAGAAUAUGCCACAUUAUCAGACGGAAUCGGCAAUCUUGACGUGUUGAAAGCAUUUCAAGCCUUGCUCCGCCGCUUGGAGCACAUAUACAGCCAACAGUGUCUUGCCUUCACCUUUGGCAAUCCUCGAAGGCAUCUACCACUAGACUCUGUCCGUAUUGCAAAUCGUCUGAGUGAAUAUAGGGCAUUCAUGGGGAGUGUUUUUGCCCAAGAUACCCAUGGGCCUGGAGUAUUUGUCUCGGAUGAUUCCUCGUGUUCCUACGUACCGAGCGCGGAUAGAUUCGCUCAUAGACACGUUAUCGACAGAGGAGACCGCUGCCUUUUCGUCACUAGCACGGAAAUGCUAGGCAUUGGUCCUCGAUCAAUGACACCAGGCGACGUCGUGGUCGUGUUACACGGCGCCCAGGUACCCUUUGUCCUUAAGCCUGUGGACAACGGCCUCUGGAGGUUUGUAGGCGAAUGCUAUCUCUACGACGUCAACGACGGUCGCGUUCACCGAGAAUGGGAAGAGAAAGGUAGCGUGUCUGAGAAGUUCACCAUCUGCUGA